UUGAAACACAAACUCCAGAAGCAGUUUUGACAGCUGUGGAGUUCGCUGACUGCACUGAGCUGGGGUGCCUUCACAGGGCGACCUGCUAGUCGCUCGGUCGUGUCCACUUGUUGUGACUUCAUGGACUGUAGCCUAUCCAUAGAGUUCUCUCGGCAAGAAUGCUGGAAUGGGUUGCCAUUUCCUACUCCAGGGGACCUUCCUGACCUAGGGAUCAAACCCAGGUUUCCUGCAUUGCAGGCAGAUUCUUUACUGCCGAGCCAGCAGGGAAGACCAGGGCCGACAGGUAAAGGCUAUACAGAUGCCCGAGAACACCACGCGGUGUUAGGGCACUGACCCCCAUACAAUCAGACAUCUGCACGUGGCUAUCCAGUUGGCUUUCUGUAUUCAGUUUCACAUCCUUGAUUCAAACAUGGACCAUGUUGCAGAGUACAUAUUUAGUGAAAAAUUGUUUAUAAAUGCAGUUCACACGCAAGUUCAAGGGUUAACUUUUGAAGGUGACGGCCUGGGGGUGGUUGGCAGUCUUCAGCUGGGUCCUCUGAAUCAAGGAGAAGCCUCAGGAGAGAUGGGGGUGAAUCUUGAAACCAGCUUCUUGAGUCUUCAUCUGUCCCUUCGCUAGGAUUGACACACCUCUCUGCGUUUGGGGAGUGGAGAAGCUUGGUGAACCCCUCGUGGUUUAAACCAACGUUUACCAAAUGUAUUUGCUCUGAAUUCUGUCCAGCACCAGGCACUAAGGCAGCAAAGCACAAUGAGAAGUGAUUCUGGAAAAUCCAAAGUUGGGGUUGGAAUUCCUCUGCCUAGCCUAAGGCAGAGUCCCCCAUCUUCAGCUGCUGGGAGAGCCUGGAACCCUGGAGCUGUGGGGCAGCCCGCACUGAGGGGUCCCUCCAUACCGGCCUGGCUGCCUCCUGGCUAGGGCCUGGGCCUCUUCCGGCCAGUCUGCUCUCAGUGGGGUGGGGUCAAGCUGCAGGGGCUGGCUGUUUGCUGGAGGCCGAGUGAGCUGCCUGCUAAUGGGGCUGGGCCACCCUGCGCUGCUCCCUGAAGGCUGGACAAGGCUAGGAUUGUUUCCCCGCUUCCUUUGUCUCCCACACCCCGCCCAGGCCUGGCCCGCCUGCCUGCCGCUCUUCUCCCUCCCGUUGGCCCGGCUGGCAAGAGCCAGGGACUCCGCCCGUGGAGCGCGGGGCCUGCCGACCCUCUGACUUGGGAGCGCCCGUCAAGCUCUGGGUCAACGUGGAGGUGCCGGGCCACCAUGCUCAGUCUCAAGCUGCCCCAACUCCUUCGAGUCCACCAGGUCCCCAGGGUGUUCUGGGAAGAUGGUAUCAUGUCUGGCUACCGCCGCCCCACCAGCUCGGCCUUGGACUGUGUCCUCAGCUCUUUCCAGAUGACCAACGAGACCGUCAACAUCUGGACUCACUUCCUGCCCACCUGGUACUUCCUGUGGCGCCUCCUGGCGCUGGCGGGAGGCCUGGGCUUCCGGUCGGAGCCCUACCACUGGCCGCUGCUCGUCUUCCUGCUGCCCGCCUGCCUCUACCCGUUUGCAUCGUGCUGCGCGCACACCUUCAGCUCCAUGUCGCCCCGCGUGCGUCACAUCUGCUACUUCCUGGACUACGGUGCGCUCAGCCUCUACAGCCUGGGCUGCGCCUUCCCCUAUGCCGCCUACUCCAUGCCGGCCUCCUGGCUGCACAGCCACCUGCACCAGCUCUUUGUGCCCGCCGCCGCACUCAAUUCUUUCCUGUGUACCGGCCUCUCCUGCUACUCCCGGUUCCCAGAGCUAGAAAGCCCUGGGCUCAGUAAGAUCCUCCGCUCGGCCGCCUUCGUCUAUCCCUUUCUGUUCGACAACCUCCCACUUUUCUAUCGGCUGGGACUGUGCUGGGGCAGGGGCCACAGCUGUGGGCAGGAGGCGCUGAGCACCAGCCACAGCUACCACCUCUUCUGUGCGCUGCUCACUGGCUUCCUCUUCGCCUCUCACUUGCCUGAGCGGCUGGCACCAGGACGCUUUGAUUACUUCGGGAUCUCCAGGCAAGACUACAGGAAUGGGUUGCUAUCUCCUUCUCCAGGGGAUCUGCCCAACCCAAGGAUCAAACCCACACCUCCUGCUCUGCAGGCAAAGCCUUUACCACUGAGCCGCUGGGGAAGCCUUCAGCCGGACUAGACAUGGAAAUUGCGGUAAAAGGGGCUCUCUGGGCGCACACAGGGCGCGGCGCUGAGCACACCUGACCCACUUCAGACAAUGGCUGGGAUCUGCGCCUGUGGCGGGAGAGGUGUGGCUCUAAGCAGGGUGCGCCCUCCUUCCUCUUACGGCAGAAGUACCGAAUGCCACAGCUGGCAGGGCUCUGGGGAUCACUAUUUGGCCAAUUUGGAAGCCAGAGCCCCGUCAGGGAAGUGACCUUUGGCCUCACAGUGACGGAGUGGCAAUGUCAGAGCACCCGAGACACAACUCUGAGCCACGGAACCCGGCCCAGGAGCAGACCAGGCGAGGGCCUCGGCUACCCGCCCUGGGCUCACCAAGCAGGCCUGGGCCACUACACAGCACGACAGUGCAGCCCCAGGGCAGGAGGCUGAGGAGUGCAGACGAGAGGAAGCAGGGCAGGACACAGCCCUUCUCCCGCCGCCGCCUCUCUCAGGCUCGGCGCCUUGCUGAGGCUGCGGCACGGCCUUUAGGUUCCCCUGACUGGUCUUGGGAGGAGAAGACCAAGGAACCCAAGAGCCACGGAUCUGGGGACCUAUCCUGCUCAGGAUCAGGAGGGUUUGCCCCAGGAAGGGAGCUGUCAAGUGGCCACGAUAGACAUCAGCUGGACAGAACCCAAAGGCAGGCCAUGGUUCAAGCCACACUAGAAACCCUCUUUGGGACCGUGCUUUGAGCCAGCAAGGAAACCGCCUCAUCACUCUGCCCCACACCUGCUAUCUGUGCCACCCAGCCUGAGCAACCCUUCCCUUUGUUUACCAACCUGGCUCCAAGUGACUGGGCCACUUUCAGGACACGCUUUUGUUACAGGGAAGCUAUGUUGUAGGUAUGCUGACACUCUAGAAGUCGUUCUAAAGUACAUGCUGUAAAGGUGCCGGGCAGUGGUCACGUGGAGUUGAGCCGCCAUGGCUAUGGAGUGUUGACCCUGACCGUGACAGGGAGAAGCCGCCCCUGGGCACACCACUUGCUCUCUCUGGGCCCAUUCUCUCCUCAGCUGCCACAGGGCACUGAGGGCCGGGCCGGGGCACUCACCUGCCAGGCCUGCUGCCGGGCCUGGGCCUGCAGCUGCAGCUCCUCCAGCUGCCUGCGCCCAGCUAGGACAGCGUCCGCCAGCUGCCUGUUCUCGGCCUCCUGCUUCU